UCUAGUACAUGUGUUUACGUUUCCUCGUCUCCAGGAUACCUGCCGUUGGGAUAUUUCUUUUUCUCGUAGUACUCCUCGUACCACGCGAAGAACAUGUCGAAGGUGAUCAGCUCGUCGAUGGCCAGGUCCUCCUUGAGCGCCUCCAGUUCAGGGACCUCGAGGCGGAGCCGCAGGUACUUGAGCACCUCUACGAGUUGAUCGGCCUCGAUGUUGUCCAUAUCGCCGAAUUGCACGAAUUGGUUCCGCACCGCCUGGUAGCCGAGCGACUCCUCGGCCUCGGGCUGGUCCUCGAUGGGCCACUUGCUCCAGUGGUUCUCGUCCUCCUCGCUGUCGGACGCCUCGCCGCCCUGCGCCAGGCGGUCGGCACGCUUCUUCUGCAGCGACUCGCGCGUCUCCUCCUCGGGGUUCCCGUACGUGCCGAUGCCGUACGAGCUCGCGGUCAAUUUGACGACUUCGUACGUGACGCAGCCGAGCACGAACCACGUCAUGAGGACGACGAACCAGCUGAACGAGAGGAGGCCGUACUUCUCGCAGGGGCCCUUCUCAUGCUCGGCCAUGAGCUGCAUCGAGAAGUAGCCGUUCGCCCCCAGCGUCAACAGGUAGAGGUCAACGUAGUGCGCCACGAGAUGCCCGAGCGACGGGUACUCGCGCGUCACGUUGAUCGAGAUCUUCUUGUACCGCCACGACCGCCAGAACUUCGCGUUGAGCCGGAACCUGUGUGGAAAUCAAAUUUCAGACCCCACCGUACGCCAUCGAUGCGACGUUGUCCCCGGCACAGUCUCUGCUCGAUGGCGUGGAGGUUCACGAAGAUCCGCGCAAUAAUUCCACACAGGCCGGAACGCGAUGUCGUAGCGGUAGCCGGCGUAGGACCAGAAGAACGUGCCCACGAACAGGUGCGACACGCAGAUGGCCACGAGCAGCCCCAGUUUGACCGGGUAGCAUUUAUUUCGCGAGCUCAUCUCGUAGGUGGCAAAGAAGUAGAUCUGGCCGACGGUCAUGACCAGCCAGCCAAUCAAGCUCGGCGGCAGCGGGCCGAUCAGGAGGACCGGGCUCCACUUGCGCUGGCUGAGCACCGUCUUGAACUGGACGAGCGCGCCCUUGGCCAGGUGGUCCUCCUUCUUCACGCCCGGGGCCUUGCCCCGCAGGUCGUUGCACUUCGACUUGAUCUUCUGGAGGAGCGUGAAGGGGCCGAUGACGUGGAAGAGGAAGAGCAGCCCGAGAAAGAGCGGCAGGAAGACCUCGCGCACGACGGGCCCGAGGGCGUCCGCGCCCGUCACGAUGAGCGGCUUCCGGAAGCCGGGCGGCACCGCCUUCUUCCACGGGUCCUUCGGGUCGACGAUGGGCCUUCUUCCCGAGCCGACCUUGCACGACGGCUUGCGCGGGUCGCAGGUGCCGGGCCGGACCCGCGUGUGCUCGUUGUUCCAGCUGUUCGCCGGCGGGGCGCAGUAGCCGGGCCGGUCCGGCCAGGGCGGCCAGCGGCAGGGCGGGAAGCCGCCGUCGUCGUGGGACUUGGCGGCUGCCCGAGCGAUGGUGACGGCGGCGAGGAGCCACCGUCGUCGGGUACCAGCUUCCAUGGCUGCCCUAAGGCUGCCUCCUGGCCAGCUAUUUACACAGGGCGCUGCCCCACGCGCUUGAAUGCUCACAAACCGAUGCCAGCGCAGCAGAGCGACGACGGUGUGGCAGUUGUUGGUGGAUCGACGCUCGCGCCGCGCGUCCGCUGUGCCACCAAAACACCCCCAAAAUCUCGUCGCGUCGCGUGGAAGGCACGGAGGCCUCAACGGUCG